AUGGAGCUCCAGAGCCUCCAGGAGGCGUUAAAAGUGGGGAUCCAGGGUCAUCAGAACGGCGACCUUAAGAAACAGCUCCCAGAGAGGCAUUCCCGGCUAGCGGCCCUUAACCAGAGACAAGUAAGGCUGGCUCCCGCCGUUCUUCACUCAUCUGCCGGUCCCGAGGCCUUGGGCACCAUUGCAGCAGUGCCUAUUAAAGUUCCUCAGGUCAGCUCCUUGCACAGGUUGGCGGGGCAAGGACCAGCAGCACUACCUCAGGUCAGGCCAAAGACCCUGAUUCCCGACAGCCUUCCCAUCUCCCCAUGCCGAGAGCGCCCAUCCAAGCAGACACCAGGCUUCCAGAAGGCUGCUGUUGUCAGCAUCAAAAACCCCAGCCCGGCCCUCCCUACCGCCAACAACACCGCCAACCAACCUGUGGCAGAGCCUGCUGCCCUCUCCUCCCCCCUGAGUGGGGCUGGGGUUGCCUACGCCAUCAUCUCCACAUCCCCCAGCAAUGCUGCCUCUCCCAUCAAACCCAGCUCCACCACUGCCACUGCCUCCACUGUCUCCAUGGUCAGCGACAGCAUCAAAGUCCAGCCUCUCCUCAUCAGUGCUGACAACAAAGUCAUCAUCAUUCAGCCUCAAGUCCAGACACAGCCUGACAGCAAGGCAGAGACAUCGAAGCCUCCAGAGGAGUUGUCUCAGGGAGCCCAGGCCUCAAAAAAGAAGAAAGAAGCAGCUCCUGAUGUCCAGGAGAGUCCAGAGAAAAUCGCCUUCAUGGUAGCAUUAGGCCUGGUCACAGCAGAACAUUUAGAAGAAAUCCAGAGCAAGCGUCAGGAAAGGAAAAGGAGAAGUACAGCGAAUCCAGCAUACAGUGGCCUCCUGGAGACCGAGCGGAAACGCCUGGCAUCCAACUGCCUAAACAGUCCUUUGUUCCUGUCAACAAGAGCAAAUGAGGAGCCCUGCUGGAAGAAUGAGAUCUCCCAUGAGGAGGUGUGUGUGAUAUGUAAGAGAGGCACUGACCUGCAGCCCUGUGGCACCUGCCCAGGUGCAUAUCACCUCAGCUGUCUUGACCCCCCGCUUAGAACCGCACCCAAGGGUGUCUGGGUGUGUCCCAAGUGCCAAGAGAAGGUGUUGAACAAAGAUGAAAAUGUGCCCUGGACGGGAAUGCUAACUAUCGUUCACUCCUACGUCACCCACAAAACAGUCAAAGAAGAGGAGAAGAGAAAACUCCUCAAGAGGAGCAGUGAGCUGAAGAGUGAACACAGACAGCUGGAAGAGAAGGAUCGUCUCCUGAACACGGCCGUGAAGAAAUGCCUGGAGCUCAAGACCAGCCUGCUCGCCCAGAGGAAGGGGGCACAGUCAUCCCUGGAGCGACUCCGGGCUCUCCUCCGGCUGAUACAGAACGAACAGAUGCUUCAGGUCACCAUGACCACCACCGCCUCUGCCUCCUCACUCCUGGCUGUGCCUUGGAUCAAGCCAGCCACCACCUCUGCCACCAUGGCCAUGCACACAGCCCUCCAGCAGGCCCAGGGGAACAACUAA